GUUUGUGGAUAAAAGCAGAGACAAUGGCAGACAGCAAUGAGAUGACCAUCAACCUUGUUGUCCUUGGAAGAACUCAGGCUGGCAAAAGCGCUGCUGGGAACAGCCUGCUGGGCAGCUCAGACUUUGAGAGUCAUCGCUCCCCAAGCUCUGUGACUACGUGCUGCAGCCUUGGACGCAGCUGCCGCAUUUUGGGGAUUAUACGAAGAAAUGGCUGCGAGCUACCUCUCCGUGUUCGAGUACUUGACACUCCAAGCUACCCUCACAGUGGUCUGAGCAAAGAGCAGGUGAAAGACACAGUGAGAUCAGCCCUGGUUCACCACUUUGGGGAGGAAGGCCUGCAUCUAGCUCUCUUGGUCCUGAGGGCUGACUUGCCUCUGUGUCCGGAUGAAAGCAAUCAAGCAAUUCAGUUCAUCCAGGAACUUCUGGGUCCCACAUGGAAGGAUUUCACUGCAGUUCUACUUACUCAUGCAGACAAGGCAGAAGAGGCUGGAUUCAGUGAGGAAGCGUAUUUGCUCAGUGCCUCAAGUACCCUGCUGUCACUUUUGAGCUCAGUACAGCAUAAAUACAUUUUUCUAGACAACCAGAAGAGCUUCAUUAAAGAGGAAAGAGCUAUUGUCUUAAGAAAGCUCUUGAAUUUUAUGAGACAAAAUAAUUACCAAGUGCUUCUUAAACACAGCAAGCAAUAAAAUUAGCUUUCAGGUGCUCAUUCGUCUAUUUUCUAUGGCAGGUAACAUUUCACAGAAAUAAAACAGUA